AUGAGCGACUUGAACGACGACGAUUUUUCUCUAGGUGAUGAUUCCUCCGAUGAUGAGCCGUUUACGCUAAAAGAUAAAGCCGAUAAUGAUGAAGAUGAAGAAGACUUUGCCGAAGAAUCCGUUUCCAGUGACGCGUCGGAUUUUGAGAAUCUGGUGCGUAAAUCCAAGAAAGCACGCGUAUCGCACACAAACAUUAAUAGCAAGAGCUCGAAAGUAAUAGUUGAUGCAAGAUCAAACGUUAAAUCUAUGCACUCCAAGCAAACCGUAGCUUCAAAGGUUAUGGUGGACAAGGCAAAGAAAUCUGUUACUACAGCUGCUGCUACAAAGGUCUCAGCAGGUUCGAAUCCGAAACCUUUAACAGCUGAAAACGCUGAAGCCGCGGUACUUGAGUACAUGCGCAAGACGAAUCGACCGUACAGUCUACUCAAUGUGUUUGAGAAUAUGCAUCGAGCCAUUGCCAAGCCGUCUCUGACCAAGUUACUGGACAACCUUGUGAUUAAGCAAGAGCUGGUGAGCAAAACGUACGGCAAGGCAAAAAUCUACUACAUGAACCAAAACAACUUGCCGAUGCCGUCCGAGGAAGAACGGAUGAUGAUCGAGGAGAAGAUUAGGGCGGUGACUGCGGAAUGUAUUGCGUCUGAGCAGGAGUUGAAGAGCGCAGAAGCUAUGUUAGCUGGAGUUACUUCACAUAUCUCGGAUGCAGACUUGGAUGCAGCGCUGAAGCAACUUGACGAGGAGGCAGAAAUUUUGGAAAAGAAGGCGGAGACACUGGAUCAACCAGGUCGAGAUAGGGUGUCCCCUGGCAGGAAGGACGCACUGAAGCGCAAAUUUACAAAAUAUCGCACAGCUUGGGUGGCACGUAAACGCAUUGCGAUGGACGGCGUCAAUCAAAUUGCUGACGGGAUGGAGAAGAAACCGAAGGCUGUGCUGGACCUGAUUGGACUGGAGACAGAUGAGGAUGCCGGUGUGAAAGAGCUACCAAAUAUUUAA